UCAUCUUAUUAUCAUGCUAAUUAGGUAAAGGGCAUUUCCGAAAACGCAUAGUGGAGGCGGACGUGGUACAUGUGUUGCCUCAUUUCUGGUGUUUUCGACCCAAAAUAGGACGAAUUUUGGUGCACACGGGAUUGUGAAUAAGAGUAUUUGUAGCAACAAUAUUAUAACCACCACCAUGGGAUGUGGAACCUCUACAACAAAGGCCGCUGCGCCCCCCAAUCAAGUAUACCCUGCACAGGCCAGGCCAGUAGCGCCGGUACAGCCACAGAUGCAGCCGUACCAACAACCACCGAUGCAACAACCGGUACCUCAACCAGUCAAACAGCCACCUUAUCAGCAACCACCUGCUCAACAGCCACUUCAACAACCAGCUCCGAUCCAGCAGCCACCAGCCGCUCCUCAGGAAGAUGAUGACGUUGGAGAGGUGCCCCAGGUGACGAUUGAUGAGAGCCUCCUGCAGAGGUUUGUGGAGAUUGACAGGGAGAUCGCAAUGCUGGAGGCACUGAACACUAGUCCCCAAAAUCUGGAGGCCAAGAAGGCACAAGUAGCCGAACUGGAGAAAACGGUCAAGCAGCUUGAAGAGGAGUACAAGAUACUUGAACAACAAACGGCAAAGGAAUACAAGGAUGUGCAGGAGUUACAGACCAUGACUGUCAAAGAGUACUUUGCAAAUGAAGAGGCAUUUGACAAACAAUUGUCGAAGGAACAAGAAGAGUAUGUGGAUGCCCUUAAUAAACAGGAAAUUGGUAAACAGAAGCUGGAAGCCAGCAAAAAACAGCUGGAGCAGAUCAAGGCUGAGAUUGCUGCUCUCAGCGGGAAGAACGAGAGGUACCAGAAACUACAGGAGGAGGAGGAUAUUCUCUUGGCUGGUGUAUUUAAAGGUCGCUAUGGCAGUGAGCUGGAGUACAAGCUUGAGGAGGAAGUGGACAUGCUGGACGACCGCAAGCAGCGCGUGCUGACGGCCAAGUUCAAGUGGCACAACGCUCGUGUGCUCAUGCACCACGCUGUCUCACAGCUGGCUCUCGGCGUACGGCGCUGGCUGGACCUGAAACGGAUUCCUGUCAAUGUAACACAGCAAUCCGGGGGUUAUAUCAUCCAUACCAGUAACACUCGUCUGCGGUACCAGGUGGCAGCCGAGGCCAGGAACAAUUUUGUAGCGGCUUCACAGAACAUCAGCGGCGCCCAACGCUACCUGAGCACCAUCACUUUCCCUUACUGUACACCACAGGAGGUCAAAACCCUGAACUCAGCGAUCAGCCACAUCUUUACAGACAUGCAGGCUGGCGAGCAGCGUUACCAGCAUGCCUACGACUGUUACAACAAGACACAUCGCCGCGCUGCUGCGCUCAUUCAGUGGUUUGACAUGGUCAUAGAGAAAACCAUCAUGAAGGACCUGAAUGACGUCGCAAAGCUGAGUACACAGAAGAAACAGGAACUGCGGAAGGAGCGCUUACGUCUUCUGAAGCUGCGUGUACAGGAGGUUCUCGGUCGGGAAGUCAAGAGUCCUGAUGUUCCUGAUGUGGUACCAGAUCCAGGCCUGUGGCCAGGAGGAGGAGAUGAUGAUUUUGAAUCAGAGCUGGCACUCCUGUUUGAGCCUGAGCAAGAGAAGGAUCAGGAUCUGGAGAAGGAGAUUAAGGAGGCUGAGGAAAAGAAGAUUAAGGAGCUCGAGGCUGAGGAAAAGGACAAACCCACAGAUGAGGAAAAGGACAAACCCACAGAUGAGGAACAGGACAAACCCACAGAUGAGGAAAAGGACAAACCCACAGAUGAGGAAAAGGACAAACCCAAGAAUGAGGGAGAAGAGAAACCAGAAGGUGAGGGAGAAGUGAAGGUUCCUGAAACUAGUAAGCCAGAGGAGGUGUCUCCUCCUGCCGUUCUGAUGGUUCCUGAGAAGCCUGAGGUGUCCCCUCCCACCCCUCUCCCACUGAAUGAGCUGGCCCCACCACCACAACAACAGGACCUGUUUGGUGACAUUGAGUUCAUCAAGAAGCAACACGAGAAGAACGUGCAGGAAUAUGAGCGCAGUCAGGAGAUCAACCGGGCGCGCAUGCAGCAGGGGCUGGAGGAGAAACUACGCGCCCGCCGGAAGAGACGGGAACGUCUGCAGGCUCAGCAGCAGGAGAUGUCCAACAUGCAGGCUAACGUGGCUUCCGCGUAGACAUUGACACUUCCCCGGUCUUGUACACUGUAGCAGGAGAUGUCCAACAUGCAGGCUAACGUGGCUUCCACGUAAACAUUUACACUUCCCCGGUCUCCUACACUGUAGCAGGAGAUGUCCAACAUGCAGGCUAACGUGGCUUCCGCGUAAACAUUGACACUUCCCCGGUCUCGUACACUGUAGCAGGAGAUGUCCAACAUGCAGGCUAACGUGGCUUCCGCGUAAACAUUUACACUUCCCCAUUCUCGUACACUGUAGCCAUCCUAUUCUAGCUCCGUUUGUUCCUUUCAUCACUUCCUUGCAGAACCCUUGCCUCCAUCCUGGGAUGGAAAUUUGCUUGUUGGGGACAGGAUGGGGAGUCAUCAUUGAAGCAAUCAUUGGAGCAGUGUUCUAGCCAGCUUGAAAUUUUUAUCUGUCCCCUGGAUUUUUAAAGGUAAUCCUGUCGAAGGCGUGACAAUCCUAGUGGGGUCUGAGGAUAUGCUCCUGGGGAAAUUUUGAAAUCUAGAUCCUCUGAAAUGCUAUUUCCUUUAUUUUGAGGGGGAAAUUUUGCUGGUAGACUCAGCUUGGUUCAAUUAGAGUCUUAACAUGACGAUUUUUGUCCGUCACGGGACAGAAAGGGCUAAGUUUUUGUCCGUCCCCAGCAGCAAAAUUCCGUCAAAGGACAGAAGGACGGACAUUGGCUAGAAGUUCUGAACCCUGCGUGGAAGCAAACUGGAGCUAGAAUAGGAAGGAUUUCUCGCUACUUGUCUUCUAAAAGAUCCCAAUUUUUACUACUCUGACUUCAAGUGUCAAUAUUUACUGUAUAGUCGAUUAUUUUUAGCCAACAUAUUCUGCUGUGCCAAGGAAAAGUUAGAAUGUACAUAAAUCAGUUCACUUAUGCUUAACAGUUUCAAUAAGUCCAUUUACAACUUUGAAGUUGUACAUGCACAAUGAAAUAUGCUGAGUUCUUCACUGUUAGUGGAAAUUCUGGAAGUUAAAAAGUGAUUGUUUUGAUUGAUACUAUUAUUGUGGUUCCCUCUAAGUCACUUCUCGUGAACUAUGUAAAUAUCUUAGUUGACCAUUAUAGUGAAAUGAUAGUUUUGACAUUUUAAACAAAUCUUUGUGCCUUCAAAUGUUCCUUACCAAAGACUCAGCUCUGCUUCGAUCAGAAAACAUUACCUCCCCCCUAUUGUUUGGUACACUUGGAACAAUCCAUUUUAUAUUCGAGGGUCAACUCAAAGUUAUGUCUAUCAUAACCAAGAUUUUUAUGUACGCGUGUACGAUUUUGUUUAUACAUUAACAAAUGGAAUAUAAGUUUCAUUAUGCCACAUUAAGCAUGUAUUGAUGUAUACUCAUAUGAAUAUAUAAUAUAUAUUUUGAGUAUAUAUGGUCAACAUUCCAGUUAAAAACAUGGGCUGUAGAUUUGAAUUUCUAGUUUUUUUUAAAUGUUAAGUAGUGUACAUUUGUCACUUAAGAAGUGUACAUUUUGCUGUUGUGUAUAUAUAGAGUUCUGAUGUUGUUGUUAAAGAAUUCUUUUCUCCAAACCAAAAAAAUAUUUUCAAAAUCUUGUAAAUACACAGUUUGAUAUUUUUGCACAGAUGGACCUCUAUGAAAAGAUGUACAAUUUUGUCACAUUUCUGUGUGUUGUUAUAUUAAAGAAAUUGGUUCUUGAA